GGUGGGCCUUUCUCCCUGUGCGCCUCCUCUUUCUGAAGAUCCAUUCCACUUCAGGUCCUGGGUCCUCUGGAGGGGAGUCUAGUUCUGGGUAGCUGUUAAUCUCCCCUUCUCAUGGCUGGGUCUCCGCCUCUGCUUCAAAUUUCUGUCCCUUUCUGAGAUCCUCCCCUUUCUAUCUGGCCCCCUUUCCCUGGUGGUACAGUGCUUAAGAGCUCCUUGGAAACCCUAUGGGGCAGUUCUACCCUGUCCUAUAGGGUCGCUAUGAGCCAGAAUCGAAUCGACAGCAGUGGGUUUGGUUUUGGGGUUCCCAUUCCAUCUCCCCCGAGUGGAGGUGCCUCCUCAGGAUAUCACCUUUCCCUGCACCCUAUUUUGGGAUCCUCCUCUUUCCGCCUGACCCAUCUUCCCUCUCUUUCCACAGUGGCUGCAGCUCAAACAACCCCAGGCCCCUGUUCCGGAUGUGGGCCUCUCUCCUUGCCACUCCUGGUGGGCCUUGUGGCCGCCGACGCAGUCCUGUCGCUGCUAACCGUGGGCGUGGUGUUCAUGUGUGCACGCCCACGUCACCAACCGAUGCCAGAUGACAAAAUCUACAUCAACAUGCCUGUCAGGGGCUGAGCCCCCCGAAACGGGGACCUUGGACCAACGUCUGUCUCCGAUCCUGAACUGUGUGUGGUGGAACAGGAACACCACCCCCCAUUUUGGAGUAAAACAAUGGAAAUAACUCUAGUUCUAAUUCUUCCUCAAAGAACCCCAAAGGUCCCCAAAGCCUCCCUC